AUGCUGCAGCUUUGCAGUCGGCGCGUCCUCGUGGUCGCCGUGGCGGUGGCCGUCCUGAGCGCGGCUAACCCGCGCACCGCCGUGGACGCAUACAAGAAUUACACCGUCGGCGACGACAAGGGCUGGUACGACGGCCUCGCGGUCGACUACCAGGCGUGGGCCGAAGGCUACAACUUCACCCUCGGAGAUUUCCUGAUAUUCAACACGGACAAAAAUCACUCGGUGGUGCAGACACGGAACGAGACCCUAUACAAGAGCUGCGACUACGACGACUCCGGCCUCGACGACACCGUCGAUUGGUCUGCCGCCGCGCCGGAGUUCAGCAAGGAUGCCGUCACCGCCGCCGUGCCACUGCUCAAGGAGGGCAACACGUACUUCUUCUCAGGGAACUACGACGGCGAGCAGUGCGAGAACGGCCAGCGCUUUGCCAUAGCGGUCGCGCACGGCCAAGGCCUCCCGCCGGACCUCAGGCCGCCGGUGGCCGACGCGCCAGGGCCAGCAGCCGGGCCCGACAGCGCGGACAGGGCGCCGGCCUUCGACUUCAGCCACCCAAAGAACGUCUCCACGCCGUCGGACACCGAUGCUUCCGAUGACGAGACGAGUACUAGUACUUCGGAUUCUACUCUAAAUCUAGUCAGCUUGGCGGUUGGCCUGAUCGUGGCUCUCAGUGUGCUCUUUGUGGUGCAAGUAUAA